AUGUAUCAAAUCAAGCUGAGUACCUGACCAGCGUAACAAAUAGUUCUUUCACCCAGGACUAUUUACUGGCCAGGAAGUUUAGGCAGAGGUCAGGUGUGUCCCUGUGCCUUUACCUGCUCCAGGUAUGCAGAUCUCAGAGGACCUUCCCUUCUUUUGGGAGGCGGAGCUGAGCAGAGCCUCAGCAAGAGCAGAGCGAACUUUUUCCUCUUCCUUUCUGCAUAUUUUGGGGCUGUGCUUCGAGUUCUGGGAGUCACAAAUUUGAGCUGUUUCAGAUGUUUCAGGUUGCCAAAAGAGUUGAUCUCUGGCUAACUGAGUGAAUAACCCUAUACCAUCCAACUUGAAAUCAGAAGCAAAAAAAGCUGCCAAAAUAUUGAGAGAAUUCACAGAAAUAACUUCUGGAAAUGGACCUGAUAAGAUCAUUCCUCGUUACCCAUGUAAUUGCCAAGGCUAAAGGUCUUGCCAUCCUAUCAGUGAUAAAAGCUGGAUUUCUGGUCACUGCUCGAGGAGGCAGUGGGAUUGUAUUGGCUCGCCUUCCAGAUGGAAAGUGGUCUGCACCUUCUGCCAUUGGAAUAGCUGGACUUGGUGGUGGAUUUGAAAUUGGGAUUGAGGUGUCAGAUUUAGUAAUAAUAUUGAAUUAUGACAGAGCAGUGGAAGCUUUUGCAAAAGGUGGUAACCUUACACUUGGUGGGAAUUUUACUGUGGCUGUUGGGCCUUUGGGAAGGAAUUUAGAAGGAAAUGUUGCAAUACGAAGCACAGCUGCUGUCUACACAUAUUGCAAGUCACGAGGUUUGUUUGCUGGAGUAUCUUUAGAAGGAAGCUACUUGAUUGAAAGGAAAGAAACUAAUCGAAAGUUUUACUGUCAGGACAUUCGUGCCAGUGACAUUUUAUUUGGAAACAUGCCACCGCCAGCUCAAACAGAAGAACUUUAUGAAAUUCUUGAUUCAUUUACUGAAAAAUACGAACAUGAAGAAAAACGAAUUAAUGAAAAGAAAGCAGCAAGGGAACAGAGAAAGGCUAAAGACAUUCCUCUCAGACUAUCCUCCAAGCCAAAAAAACCACCUGCAUCUCUCCAGCCAAACUCAGAUUCACAAGGUAGCAGUAAUGCCCAUAAACUUUAUCCCGAACUUCCCUGUUAUCAGGAUGCUGUUGGUAGUUCAAGCCAGCCGGUAGAAGUGACAGCACUAUAUUCUUUUGAAGGGCAGCAGCCAGGAGAUUUGAAAUUCAAAGCUGGAGACCGCAUCACUGUAAUAUCCAAAACAAAUUCACAUUUUGAUUGGUGGGAAGGAAGACUUCGAGGUCAAACUGGCAUUUUCCCAGCCAAUUAUGUUUCACUGGAUUAAGCAUUAUUGAUUUCUUUUUUUAGUAAAAUUAAUAAGUAAGAAGAUGUCACUAUCAUGCUAGGAAGACUAAUCAUUUAUGAACUAUUUUAUAACAAAUUGGGAAAACUAUCUGUAAAUAUGUGCUUUUUACUUUUAAUUCAAGUAUAUGAAAAUAAUAUAUGUAUAUACUUCCAUAGAAGAAUUAACAUUAAAGAUGUAUCUAUAUAUGUACUGUUUUUGAAAUAAAGUUUUUAUUGAUA